CAAUCAAUACCUUCAAACACAAACUUCUCGUUUCUCAAAACAUUUGGUCUUAUGAUGGCUUUUCCAGCUUAUAUUAUUACCUUUGUGUUCUUAUGCAUUCUCGUGGCAUCGACCGUUUCCGGGUACAACCAGAAAGACGUGAAAGCGUGGUGCAGCCAAACUCCAAACCCUAAACCUUGCGAGUAUUUCUUAACCCAUAACUCAAACAAUAAACCCAUAAAGUCUGAAUCCGAGUUCCUCGAAAUCUCAACGAAACUCGCAUUAGACCGAGCCGUCCUCGCCAAAACCCACGCGUUCACACUAGGACCAAAGUGCCGUGACACACGUGAGAAAGCAGCGUGGGAAGAUUGUAUCAAGCUCUAUGACCUCACUGUCUCUAAAAUCAACGAGACAAUGGACCCCAACGUGAAGUGCUCAAAAACCGACGCGCAAACAUGGCUAAGCACAGCUCUAACCAAUCUUGACACGUGUCGAGCUGGGUUCUUAGAGCUUGGUGUUACCGAUGUCGUCCUUCCUUUGAUGUCAAACAACGUCUCGAAUCUUUUAUGCAACACACUCGCCAUUAACAAAGUUCCUUUCAACUACACCCCACCCGAGAAAGACGGGUUCCCGUCGUGGGUCAAACCUGGUGACCGGAAACUUUUGCAAAGCUCGACGCCAAAAGAUAACGCAGUGGUGGCGAAAGACGGAUCUGGUAAUUUCAAGACGAUAAAAGAAGCGAUUGAUGCUGCUUCGGGGAGUGGUAGGUUCGUGAUAUAUGUCAAGCAAGGCGUUUACAGUGAGAAUCUUGAGAUUCGAAAAAAGAAUGUUAUGUUGAGAGGUGAUGGUAUAGGGAAGACGAUUAUUACCGGAAGCAAAAGUGUUGGAGGAGGAACGACAACGUUUAAUUCAGCCACUGUCGCUGCGGUCGGAGACGGGUUUAUAGCUCGUGGGAUCACGUUUCGAAACACGGCGGGUGCAAACAACGCACAAGCGGUAGCUCUAAGAUCCGGGUCGGAUCUAUCCGUUUUUUACCAAUGCAGUUUCGAAGCUUACCAAGACACACUCUACGUUCACUCCAACCGUCAGUUUUACCGCGAUUGCGACGUUUAUGGAACUGUUGAUUUCAUCUUCGGAAACGCAGCAGCGGUUCUCCAGAACUGCAACAUCUUCGCACGUCGUCCACGUAGUAAGACCAACACAAUCACCGCUCAAGGAAGAUCCGACCCGAAUCAAAACACGGGUAUUAUUAUCCACAACUCUCGGGUCACUGCCGCUUCGGAUCUUCGACCCGUUUUGGGAUCCACCAAGACUUAUUUGGGUCGACCUUGGAGACAAUAUUCUAGGACAGUUUUUAUGAAGACUUCUCUUGAUAGUUUGAUUGAUCCACGUGGCUGGCUCGAGUGGGACGGUAAUUUCGCUUUGAAGACUUUGUUCUAUGCUGAGUUUCAAAAUACGGGUCCGGGUGCUUCAACUUCGGGUCGGGUCACAUGGCCAGGGUUUCGGGUCCUUGGUUCUGCUUCAGAGGCUUCCAAGUUUACUGUUGGUACUUUCCUUGCCGGUAGCUCUUGGAUUCCAUCUACCGUGCCGUUCACUUCUGGUCUCUAAUGAGUAUAUGAUUGAUAUUAUAUAGUAUGAUGCAAAGUUGUAUAUACGACGCAAUUGAUUCCUCUAUUACAAAGAAUAAAUAUUGUUUGUUACAUUAUAGAAACUCUUGUAUAAUUUACAUAUUACUAUCAUUUAUGCAAUUUCAAUUUUUCUGUAAAGAUAUUGUAUUCUGUUUUAUCUGAAAUAAAUUGUCAUACGAUUC